AUGUACGAUAGCCAUCGGCUUACUAGAAAGCGACGCAGGUUGGGAUUCCGAAUCCCCGAACUGGCCCCCACUUGCCAAAUAAUUCAUUUCACUAUUGAGCGCGACGCAUCCAUUGUUUUUCGAGCACAGGGUUACCGCUUGCGCCUGUCCAGCCAGGGACUCGAUGCAAUAGAAAAUGCCCUCGGUCCUGAGGACUUUCAGAAAUUCUACGACAAGUGCGGCAAGACUGGCGGCGCGGGAUUUGCUGCCAUCGACCCAUUGACGGGCGAGACACUGACGGGGAGGACAGCCACCUAUGGCAAGAUUGUGGGCAUCUCGCGAGGCGACAUGCGUACGCUCUUUAUAGAGGGUCUGGAACACAACAUACGAUGGAGCCAUCACAUUGUAGGUUAUGAGACGACGGACGACGGGGUGCGCCUUGUUUUUGCAGACGGAAGCAAGAGUGAAGAGGGUUCCAUGUUGGUAGGUGGUGAGGGCGUCAAGAGUGCAGUCGCAGGCCAACUGUCGAAUGGCGCCAUCAAGGUCUACGACCUGGGCUCGCGACGAAUACAUGGUCAGGCGCCUACGGCCGCUUUCAAAGGCCUGGGCGAGGGCGUCUUCGUCAUCAGUGAUACUGAUUCACAGCCAAAUGGUGGAAAGGUCUUCCUAAUCACCAAUGUGCGUGCUGGCGAUAUGGACAAUCCAGACGUCGAGUUUGGCUGGACCAUGGGCGGCUCACCAGGCGUUAUUGAUGCACCCAACGACAACUACACCAUCACUGGCCCACCAGCGGCAAAAAUCGCGAAGUCGCUUAUCUCGCACUGUCACGCGCGUGUAAAGUCACUCAUUGACAAUAUGAACGAGGCCGAGGCUGCCUUUUGGAAAAUCACUUGUUCUUCGCCAGACGGCGUGCCUACAUGGCCCAAUGAGCCUCUAAUGACUGUCAUCGGCGACGCUGUGCAUGCGAUGACGCCAGCAGGUGGUAACGGUGCGAAUACGGCGAUGCGCGACUCGGCUUUGCUGGGUCGGUUAAUGGCAGAGGCGUGGGAGCGCGGCGACGGCGAUAGUUGGACGGGCGUGACAGUAGCCUACGAGAAGGAGAUGGGUGUCUAUGCUACUGAGGCUGUCCAGGCCAGCUAUGGCUCGGCCAUAACACAAUUUGGCGUAAAUCUUGACCUGGAACAUACGCCUACCAUUAAUAAGUACGUGGCCCCCAACUGA